GCUAGCUUGGGAGAGGCGGGUGGCCAACCUACCCCCGGGGAGUGGGGCUGGUCUGCGGGGAGGAGGUUUCUGCCUGGCAUCGGCCCGUUUCUCCUCAGCACCGAUCAGCGCCCCCAGCCUGGUGUUCUCCAAUGAGCUGGUCUGGGGAGGCUGCUGCAGCCGGGCGCCUUGAGACAGUCACCGCGUCGUGACAUGAUGCUGCCGAGCUAGCCCUAGAGUGGCGUCCAGGGCUGCUGUAAUCAUGUCUGGAAACGGUGGGGUUGGCCCCUCAGAGAAAUCUGGGUUCUGCUUCCACUGAAAAUUCUAUGAUGACCAGAAAACUAGUGAAAUGGUGACAUCACAAAGGUGGAGGCAAGCUACAUUAACCAAAAUAGGAUCUAUCUAAGUGGCUUUUUUUGAAGAAUUUGUUUCCAACCUGAUAGUUAUCUUAAGGAAUUCUGAUUAUUCUUCAACCUUGUUUAUCGUUAUGGCUCUAUCUUUUAAACUGCUGGACAGUAUCUUUCUUUCUAGUAGGUGCCAUAGGCAAAAUGCCUUGCAUCCUUUGCUUGGACCUCUCCUCACUGAUUGCAUCCCAAAAUUGUACAGUAGCUAUAGGAGACCAGGGACAUCCCCUGAUAACACUCCACCUUGGAAGAUGAAUUUCAGCUUUGAGAAGGGAGUGGAUGGAAUUAAGAAACAUUUUGGCAUCCUAAAAAAGGAAUUGGUGGAUCACUGGAAAGGGCCUGAGGGCUAUCCUUUAGAGGAGUACUUGUUGGAACAGACUAGAGUGGUCUGGGAGUUUCGCAGCCAGAAAGAUUUAGAUGAGUGGGUGGUUUCUUCUGACGUAGAGAUCGGAGGGAAAAGUGAAGCCUACCUAAAACUGGGUAAGAAUAAUCAGACUGCUCUGCUGUAUGGGACCCUCAAUACUGAAGCACCUCGUGAUGGGGAGACAGAAUACAGUGGAUAUUGCGCAAUGAGAGCCAAACUGCCAAAGGGAGCGUUUGAAAGGAAGAAGUAUUAUGAUUGGUCAAACUUCAAUAGUCUGUAUUUACGCAUUCGUGGUGAUGGUCGACCCUGGAUGAUAAAUAUCUAUACAAACCCAUACUUCUCCCAUCAAAAGGAUGACCUGUACAAUUACUUCAUAUUCACCCGAGGGGGUCCAUACUGGCAGGAAAUUAAGAUUCCAUUCUCCAAGUUCUUUCUCUCAAGUCGGGGGAGAAUCCAGGAUGAUCAGCACCCACUCUGGUUAGAUAAGAUUAGUACUGUUGGAUUCACACUGGGAGACAAGGCAGAUGGCCCUUUCCAGCUGGAGAUAGACUUUAUUGGAUUGCUGAAUGACAGAGCUCAUACAGAGGAAUUUGCCUAUGAAAAAUAUGAAAGAAAUCCCAAGGUCUAGAUGGGCCCGUAAUCCUGUGGAACCUGCUUCAGUAGCUCAUUUUAUUAAAUAUUUAUACACCAUUGUUAAACUUGAGUUUCUUCAUGCAUGAUGGGGGUGGGAGUUCACAUAAAUAUUAAAGAGUAACUGCAUGAAGUGAGUGGGAUGGACUCCAUAAUAAACUGAGCAGACUUGCAGCUUCAGAA